AUGAAUUCUUUGAUUUUUGGUAAACAAUUAGCAUUUCACAAAAUUGUGCCUACCACUGCAAUUGGGUGGUUGGUACCGCUAGGAAAUCCUUCACUGCAGAUUCCAGGCCAAAAACAACUGGGAUCUAUCCACCGUUGGUUGAGAGAAAAGCUACAACAAGAUCAUAAGGACACUGAAGAUAAAGAUUUUUUCUCUAAUAAUGGUAUUCUACUAGCAGUUCCUAAAAAAAAAGUAUCACACCAAAAAAAAAGGCAAAAACUUUACGGUCCAGGUAAGAAGCAAUUGAAGAUGAUUCACCAUUUGAAUAAGUGCCCAUCAUGCGGCCAUUAUAAGAGAGCCAAUACACUGUGUAUGUAUUGUGUUGGACAAAUAAGUCAUAUAUGGAAAACGCAUACCGCUAAAGAAGAAAUUAAGCCGAGACAAGAGGAGGAACUUUCCGAACUAGACCAAAGAGUCCUAUAUCCUGGUAGAAGAGAUACCAAAUAUACCAAGGAUUUGAAAGAUAAAGAUAACUAUUUGGAACGUCGCGUUCGGACUUUAAAAAAGGACUAG